GCAACACGAGGCAUGAGAGUGUGCAGACGAGUUAUGAGAAGCAGAACACAGCAGUGACUGAACAGAGGCAGCCAGAGAAGACAUGUAUAUAUAGAGAAGAUGUAUAUAUUUAUACUGAGAUAGAUGGAGAGAGGAGAAACUUUACAAAGAGGACAGAGAGAGAGAGGGAGACACACCGUGGACUCAAGGUGACUUUAGGGAAGCUGAUGCACUGCAGGCAGUAGCUCUCACAACUUUUAAAAGGGAAAUUUAGCAAGCGUGCAGGGAAAAGAAGAACAAAGAGAUAAGAAGAAAAACAAAGACUUUUUCACAGAGGAAGGACUGAGAAAGGAGAAGAGUUGAAAAGGAAUAAGGACAGCGAGCAGAAAUAAGGGAGCCAGGAAACGAGUGCCCUCUCGAAGAAAGAGGAAAAAGUCUUUUCAGAUACGACUCUGUGCUUCACAAUGGGACGCCUAUUGCAUCUUCCGGCAGUUGCCAGGACUUUGCUCCCCGUGGCCCUGUGCGUUUUGACACUUCUGCCUCACAGCCUUCUGGGUGAGCCCGCAGAGGAGGACAACGCAGGCAGCUCCGCGCUGCUCCAGAGGGUCAAACGAGGAUGGGUGUGGAACCAGUUCUUCGUCCUGGAGGAGUACACUGGACUGGAACCGCUUUACAUCGGCAAGCUUCACUCAGAUAUGGAUAAAGGCGACGGCUCCAUUAAGUACAUCCUGACGGGCGAGGGUGCCGGCACUACCUUCACCAUCGACGACAGCACAGGAGACAUCCACGCCAUCCAGAGGCUGGAUCGCGAGGUGAAGGCCCAGUACAUCCUCCGCGCCCAGGCCCGCAGCCGCCUGACGGACAGGCCUCUGGAGCCGGAGUCCGAGUUCAUCGUCAAGAUCCAGGACAUCAACGACAACGAGCCGAGGUUCCUGGACGGACCCUACCAGGCCAACGUGCCGGAGAUGUCCAAAAUAGGAACAUCUGUGAUCCAGCUGACGGCCACAGAUGCAGACGAUCCCACGUAUGGCAACAGCGCUCGUGUGGUCUACAGCAUCCUGGAGGGGCAGCCCUACUUCUCAGUGGAUGCCAAGACUGGCGUGGUCCGCGUGUCCCUGGCAGACAUGGACCGGGAGACCAGAGAACACUACACCGUGGUCAUCCAGGCUAAGGACAUGGGCGGCCAGCUGGGGGGGCUCGCCGGCACCACCACGGUCAACAUCACGCUGAGCGACGUCAACGACAACCCGCCCAUGUUUGACCAGAGUAAGCGACAGUAUAAGCUCACAGC